UCUGAAAUUUUUUUCCCAUUUUUUUUCUUCAAUGAUUUUCUCAAAAACAAUCCUAAAAAGAAAGAUAUAAUCCAAUAAUCGAGACCUAAUAAUUAUUAAAAUCGCCAAGCUUAUAAGAGAAAGAAGAAGAAGAAAAGGUUAGAAAGAAGAAGAAGAAAAAGAAGAGAAAUCCUAGAAAAGCUUGGAUGGUUGGAUCACAUGGCUGCUUCUUCUUCUUCUCAUCAGACACACAUUCCUCUCCCUUCAGACUCCGGUGGCAAUAAACCCUUAGAUCAUGAAGCUCAAUUAUCACUGGUUCCCAUCCAUGUUGUUACUGAUGCUUCCCAACUGCCGGCUGAAUUCCUUAACCCUACUCCUGAUAAGCAAUUGAUUAUAGGUUUUGAUUGCGAGGGUGUUGACCUUUGUCGCCAUGGAACUCUUUGUAUUAUGCAGAUUGCAUUUCCAGAUGCUAUAUUUUUGGUUGAUGCUACCCAGGGUGGAGAAAUGCUUCUGAAAGCUUGUAAGCCUGCUUUGGAAUCUAGUUACAUCACAAAAGUUAUUCAUGAUUGCAAGCGAGACAGUGAGGCAUUAUACUUUCAAUUUGGCAUCAAAUUGCACAACGUUUUUGAUACUCAGAUUGCCUAUUCUCUGAUAGAGGAGCAAGAAGGACGGACUAAAUUGCCAGAUGACUAUAUAUCUUUUGUUGGCCUUCUUGCAGAUCCACGCUAUUGUGGCAUAUCAUAUUUGGAGAAGGAAGAGGUUCGUCUUCUCCUUCGACAGGAUUCUAAUUUCUGGACAUACAGACCACUAUCUGAAUUGAUGAUUCGGGCAGCUGCAGAUGAUGUUCGCUUUCUUCUUUACAUCUAUCAUAAGAUGAUAAAGAAACUAAAUCAGAGAUCACUCUGGUAUCUAGCAGUUCGCAGUGCAUUGUAUUGUCGAUGUUUCUGCACCAAUGACAAUAAUUAUGCUGAUUGGCCAUCUAUCCCACCUAUUCCAGGUAACCUUGUAGGAGAUGGAAAUGCUCCUGAGGAGGAAAUCCUCUCAGUUCUUGGUGUUCCUCCUGGAAAGAUGGGACGUGUUAUUGGCAGACGAGGAGCCUCUAUUUUGUCAAUAAAGGAAUCUUGCAAUGCGGAAAUUUUUAUUGGAGGUUCCAAGGGUCCACCUGACAAGGUAUUCAUAAUUGGACCAGUGAAGCAGGUGAGGAAAGCAGAGGCCAUCCUCAGGGGGAAGAUGCUGGAAAUAUAUUAGGGAACAUCGUUUCUCAUGCAUCCCAACUGCAUCUUCAGAAGAAUAUCAAGUUCCCAGGCACAGAAUCUGCUGCUUAAAUUUUCUUGAGGCUUCUUGCCCCAAAUCUGAAUUGAAAUUAACAAUACUUGCUCUUUUAAAUAGAUGGUCUCAUACAGAUAUCAAAUCUCAGGUUGCUUUUCUUAAUUGGCGCAAACUAAGAAUUGAAAAACCAAGACUGUAAACGACAGCAUCAUAAGGAUAUUCAGUUACUACCCUACAGCAUUCUGAUGUUCUUUGUUUA